AUGGCAGCAAAUGCUGUUGUACUCAUUCUCGGAGCAGGGCCCCGGGUCGGAGCCUGUGUCGCUGAGAGAUUCGCCAACAAUGGCUACAAGGUGGCAGUCGCGUCUAGGAGUGGGAGCGACUCCGGCAAAGGGUACCUCUCCCUCAAGGCCGACUUCAGCAAACCCGACUCGAUCCCAGCACUGUUCGAUGCGGUCAAGACCGAGUUUCAGACCGCCCCAAGUGUUGUUGUAUACAAUGCAGCAACACUGACAAGGCCUCCUGUGGAGGACUCUGCACUUUCUGUCCCAGCGGAGAGUGUGGCUUCGGAUCUCAAUGUCAACACUAUCAGCCCUUACGUCGCAGCACAGCAGGCUGUCAAUGGAUGGGAGACAUUGCCCAAGGAGACCAAGAAGACAUUCAUCUAUACGGGCAACUUCUUGAACGUCGUCAUCCCACCCGUGCCAGUCUUUUUGAAUCUGGGCAUAGGCAAGUCAGCUUCGGCUUUCUGGAUAGGCCUUGCUGAUGCGACGUACUCGAGCCGAGGGUACCGAUUCUUCUUUGCUGAUGAACGUCAGGAAAGUGGUGGGUCCAAGGCGAUGGGCCUUGACGGCCCUGCGCAUGGCGAUUUCUAUGCACAAUUGGCGACUCACGAAGGGAAUAUUCCAUGGCAGGCCACAUUCGUCAAGGACAAGGGUUAUGUCCAGUUCAAGUAG